UCCUCCUUUUAUACCCAGAAUGCAGUUGUGUUGGAGCAUGGUUGACUUUGGUCUGGGAGAGUCAGCAGUCCAAGAAUGAAUGCGUCGUUUCUGUGCGCUAUCAGCUAACAUGUCCUAAAAAACUCUUUGAUGACGAGGGAUAUGAAGUCAUUCUUGUCUGUUAACUUGUUGUAAUCUCGUCGCGAGGAGCCGAUAAAGGUUUUAAUCAGCAGCACACUUCAGAGAAAGACGACCAGAGCUGGAGAAGAUGGCAGGAGUUGGGGGCAAGCGCGAGGGACCACACUUCAUCAGUGAAGUUGCGGUGAGGGGCAACGCCGCCGUGCUGGACUACUGCCGCACCUCCGUGUCCGCUCUGUCCGGAGCGACAGCUGGUAUCCUAGGGCUGACGGGACUCUACGGUUUCAUUUUUUAUUUCCUCUCUUCCUUUCUGCUCUCGUUGCUGCUCAUCCUGAAGGCUGGACGGCGGUGGAACAAAUGCUUUAAAUCCCGCCGGCUGCUUUUCACCGGAGGCCUUGUUGGAGGUCUUUUCACUUAUGUCCUGUUCUGGACUUUUUUGUAUGGAAUGGUGCAUGUAUACUGAGAUGAUUUAUCACAAAAUACCGUGAAACGUUUCCAUAUGAUGAUCUUUAAGCAUUAGGUUUGUCUAGUCUGCUGUAUGUAGAUAGACUUUAUUGUGAAAACCUUUAGAUAUUUCUGUACCGAGCUGCUGAAUUUUAGAAGAUUACUUGUCUUUCUUUACUUCUUGGUCUAAAUCAACCAUUUAUUCUGAACUCCUAUUCUGUAAUUCCAGCGCUGUUCUAUUAUCUACAAAUAUUAAUAAUUUAAUAUCCUAACAAGAUGUGGCAUCAAUUUCAUGUAUAAUAUGUUUAAUUAUAGCAGCUGUGAAUAAACACCUUUACAAGUC